GAGCACUUAAAGAAAAAGUAGAAGAAAAGUAUCUAGAAAUGCUUGAGAAAGCAAAGGAAAUUGCCCUGAAUACCGAAAUAUACAAUAAAAACAUCGAAUAUAAUAUAAAGAAAGCUACCAAGACACUCUCUCAGGAGGCAUCUCUAUCUGAUAACAAGAAUGUUAAAAUAACUCAAUUGACAGAAGCAUUUGAAAAUCUCAAAUUAUACUAUGUAAUGGAAUGUUUAUCAAACAAAUUAGAAAAAGUUAAAAAAAUAGUAAAUGAACUUACCAAGAUGUCAAGAACCUCGACCUGUAAGGAAGAUCGUAAAAGAAAAAAAUCAAUUGUUGAAGAUUGUCUAAGGAUUGAAAUUAAUUCAGAUCAUGAA